GUCACUAUGGCAGCAUCCACACCUAUGGGUUUAUCCCCGCCCUCACUUUGUUAUAGGACAGAAGUUAAUUAGAUUAAUUAACUACUCUAUAUGACCCACUUCCCCCCUCAGCUCACUGUUUUUUUUCUGUCCUCGCUUUUUUCGGGCCUUUUGGGGGCCAAGAUUUUCUUUUAUGGCUCACAUGGACCCAAGGUUGGGAUCCCAUACCUGGGAAGUUGGCCUCUCUUCCUGGUAGGGCUUUGCGGGAGUAUUUCCUCUCAGAGGAGAUCGGCAAGCCACCCCCGUUACUAGGCAGCCCGGGGUAUCAUGCUCCAUAUUCUAUGGGAGUUUUUAUUCCUGCGUCUAAGACCAGGUUUCGGGCGGCACUUAGCUAGGCGAGUUCCGGAAGUACGCUAUUCACCGAUGCGUUCCAGCUUGGCGCGCAUGACGUCACUUCCGGGUACGCGUCACUUCCGGUUUUUCACAUAGCGCGAACACGGAAGUGUUUUUAAAAAGUCGCGCAGAUAGCUAGUUUCUUUCUCCUCAGAGUCCUAGCAGUUGCGUUCAGCUGUUGCAGGUAUUUAUUUUGCCUGGAAGCUCCUUUGCUUAGCUUUUCUUUGAGGUAAGACGUUUUUAUGUUUUUUACCUUUUAUAGAUAUGGAGAUUAAUCCUCAAGUGCCUAGUAGCCCAGAAAAUGCUGCCACAGACAUUAGGAGUGUGCCUGCCCCAAGAAAAUCCUUAUCAAAAGAGAAGAAUAGAAUUUGUGUGGCAUGUGAUAACACAGCCUUAAAACACUCAAAAUUGUGUGAGCGAUGCACAAGAAGAUUAGCUGGUGAUGCAGCUGCAGACACUGCUGAUGUUAUGAGAUGGAUCAGAGAGGCAGUUAUAGAAGGAGUUACUCUUGCUACAAAGCGUAAUAAUGAAGAUAUAAUGCAGGAUAAUGGUGCCUCAACUUCGCGGAGAGGUCAGAUGUCUGCAGGAUGGCAGUCACCUACAGAGUCUGCUGAAGAUGAACUUGAAGAAGAACAACUUAGUUCAACCUUUGAUAUGUCUCUAGUAGAGCCUUUAAUUAAAGCUGUUAGAGCACAGCUAGAACUCCCUGAAAAGGCGGAGCAACAAACAUCCUCGUCAAAUCCGUUUAAAUUUCUAAAAAGAGAAAGGUCGACUUUCCCUUUACAUGAGGUAAUUAAGGAAAUUAUCUUAAAAGAGUGGGAAAAGACGGAUGCUAAAUUUCCUAUCCCUCCCAGGGUACAAAAACUAUAUCCUUUUACAGCAGAAGAGGAGAUUAUUUGGGAGAAGACUCCUAAGGUAGAUGCAGCAGUGUCCAGGCUUUCCAGUAAAACACUUUUACCGGUGGAAGAUGUAAUGUCCUUCUUAAACCCAAUGGAUAGGAAGAUGGAGUCAUCUUUAAAGAAAACUUAUUUGGCAUUAAGAGCUACGUGCAGACCAGCUUUAGCACUGACUUCAGUAGCCAGAGCAAUGCAGAUGUGGCUACAAAAUGUGGAACUGGCCUUAAAAGAGGGAGUCAAUAGAAGAGACAUAAUCGAAUCCUUAGCCGAAUUAAAAUUGGGUACAGAUUUUGUCACGGAGGCCUCAGUAGACAUGGUUAGGUCAUCAUCUAGAGCUAUGGCCCUGUCAAUUGCUGCAAGAAGAGCACUGUGGUUAAGGGCAUGGAAUGCUGAUAAGGCUUCUAAAAUGAAUUUGUGCAACCUACCAUUUGAAGGGCAGAUGCUCUUUGGAACCAAAUUGGAAGAUAUAAUUAAGAAGGUGACAGGGGGAAAAGGUGUUUUUCUACCUCAAGAAAGGAAAGGAUUCAAGCCAACGGAUUUCCGAACAGACAGAUCAUCCUUUCGGAACAAAAGUAAUUUUUCAGAACAAAGAAAUUUCAGGUUUGCAAGACAACCAACUCAGUGGAGAGGAGGUCAAUCUUCACUAUUUAAAAAUCAAAGAGGAAGAGGAACAGAGGUUAAAUCAACAAAAAGAUUCUGAAUACUUGACAGUCCAUGCUUCAGGGAUACCCAGGAGGCUAACAUAUUUUGUAGAAGUGUGGACAAAGUCGAUAAGCGAUCGCUGGGUAUUGCAAACGCUAAGUCAAGGCUAUUUCCUGGAAUUCAAGGAAGUGCCGAAGUACAAUCACUUUGUGCUAUCAAAGAUUCCCAAUGCAACAGACCAGAGAAAAGUGAUGAUAAGUUAUGUUCAACAGUUAUUAAAGGAUGGAGCCAUUUUGCCUGUUCCCAGAGAGUUUCAGGGACAAGGGAUUUACUCAGUCCUAUUUAUGUUGAUGAAGAAAACAGGGGAUUUUCGUCCAAUACUGGAUCUAAGGUCAAUCAAUGUGUUUCUGCAAAUAAAAAGGUUCAGGAUGGAAUCCAUUUAUUCAAUAAUAAAAGAAAUCCAGAUAGGAGACUGGCUUCUAUCUUUAGAUUUAAAAGAUGCCUAUUUUCAUAUCCCAGUGGCUGUCUCGCACCAAAAGUUCCUAAGAUUCGCUUUAAGUCAGGAUCUACAUUACCAGUU